UAAUUUUUAUUAUGAUUCGAUAAGGAUUAUGAUGGCUAUUUCCGAACGAGUGUAAAUUGUGUAAAACGAAACAAAAUGUCCGAUCGAAUCGAAACUUUAUCAAAGGAAUACGACGAAAAUAUUAUAGUGAAUGCAGAGCAUUCUAGGAGUGUUGGACUAUUCACGAUCCCGGAGUAUCCCGAACUGGAGCUGGAGCGCGGCAUGUGGUCGACGGUCCUGGAGGUGCUGCUGACGACCCUGCGGUACCUCGCGCCGGCCACCCUCCUCACAAUAUUCUGGGGGCACCAGCGUUUCUUCUUCAAAGCCUUGAAGUACGUCGAUUCGGCUUUUCGAACACUUAUUUUUUCAAGCGAAGAACAAAAGCAACAGGUGAUACAAUGGCUCUCCGAAGUGGGUCCCGUGAGGGUGGACGAUUUGGAGACGGUGUGGCGCCACGGGUGGAUAGUUUGCGGCGUGUUGGACGCGGCCCUCCCCGGCGCAUGCGCGGGACAUCCUCCCACGAGGCUGUCCCUGAAGCAUGCACAGGCUAUAGCUGACCAUUACCUGGGAGUUGAUCCGAUGUUCACUCGGCAAGAACUCGAAGCGAAUGAAGUCUUAAGCAAACAUGAAGCUUGGAAAUUAAUAAAGUACUUGGACAGAAUUCGCACCGCUAUAGCGAAACUUACGCCACCAACUGCCACAUCAAAGCCAAUAACGGAAAAUACUACAUCUAGUUCUACACAAUUUACUCUCGACUACAUUGCAAGGGGUUCUGGACUUACAGCAGCCCAAAUAAAUAAUAAGAUGUUUUUUAAAAUAUAUCCAACAGCCCAGCAGUCACUUGAUCCGGGAGAAAUAACUGUUGUCAUCAAGGGUCCAAAAAAUAUUUAUGGUAUGUCUACACUAUCUCCAAUAUUGGGAAAAGCUCAGAUGAUACGACAAACUUUACUUGGUCUUCAAUCGAAACCGACAAACUAUACAGAUAAUGUUCUCCCAGUAACUCAAGGUGCAACGUACUUAAGAAAUUAUGGUAAAAACGACAUGAACAAAACGUACUACAUACCAAAAACGCAAUACGAUAUAAGUAUUGAAGUCGAGAGAAAUCCUGAUCACGUGAAAAUUGGAUACACUGUACCUACGGAAGGAAAAUAUGAAAUAUCUAUAACAAGUCGAGGGGAAAAUAUAGUAGGGUCACCUUUCUUUGUAACAGCCUCCAAAAACAUUAUGCAUAUUUUAGAGAAAGAUAGUUUUUGUUUAGAAGAUGGUGAAGAGAUUGACAUUGUGGAUAUAAAAAGUGAUAGAAAAGUUGUACUUCGAAUAGUAGAUUUUGUAACUGAAAAAAUGCUAUUAAAGGAAAAUGGAACUCUAGAAAGGAUAACAGAGGACGAAGCAAAAAAUUUGAUGGAAUUAGAUUCUUUAGAGACCAAUUCAAUCCACGACGACAAAUUAGAAAAAAUAAAAAAUAUAAACGAUUUGAACCCUUCGUCAAUGCAAAAAUCUCAAAAAUUUUACACAAUUGCAUCAAGAAUUCUAAAAAUGAAUAGAGUUUGCAAAGCUUUAUAUAACUUGGACAAAGAAAAGUCUAACAAUGUGUCUACAGAUUCUUCUUCAGCCAAGCAAAAUGACGUACCUGAUGUAGUUAACUCAACAUUCCUUGAAAAACAAACUACUCGAGAGAGAAUAAUUAUACCUGAAAAUAUUUCUGUUUCAUUAUUUAUGGAUAAAUCAACCAAGAUAGAGAACAUCACAAGUACGGAACUUACGAAUCAAGAAACAAAACAAUCGUAUUUACAGAAUUUAGAAAACUAUAAAAUGUUACAGGAUCCAUUCGACGAUGAUAACAUGUCUACAGAUACAAUUCAAUCUACAAACAAUCCAUUUUUAAAUGAUAUAUAUGACACAACAUAUACUGAAAAAGAAUUUGGUUCAUUUAUAACCAGCGAAUAUGAAACAAAUAAAUCACAAAACGAAGAGUCUCACAUUUAUAGCAAUCCAUUUAUUGACUUUAAGAAAACAAGUACAGAGUGUGAAGAGGCAGUGCCUUUAAGCACAGAACCUGUUAAAGAUUUGCAUGACAAUUUAUCAAUUAUGUCAGAUGAAGCAGCUGAGCGUAUUGAAAUUAUUGAGAAUGAGUACACAAAUCCAUUUAUUGUUCUAAAUGAAACCGAAGAAAAUUUAGAAAAAACUCCUGUGACCGACUUCAUUAUAGGAGCACCCGUUUCAUUGCCACCUGUCAUAGGUUCGCCUAUAAAAGAAAGUACACCGUCUUUGAAUUGCAACACUGAUAACAAAAAUUUGCUUGAUACUUUCAAUAUUAGAAAAGAAAAUGAAAACAUUUCUUUUAUAUCUUCACAAGAGAGCUUAGAACAGCGUGAUGAAAUCCCAUCUAUAUCACCUUUCCACAGUCUAGGGUCAGACACAUACAAUUUCUUAAGUCAAAGUAACUUGCAACGGAGUAGAGAUAUUUCACCCAAAGAUUUAUGGGAUUCUGCAUACGUUAGCAUCGAUGAUAAUGCAAGUACACCAGACAAUAAUAACAAUAGCAGUGAUCGUUCUGUAUCUGAAACUCUUAUAAAAAAUAAUUUUGCAUCAAUUAAGGAACUUUACAAUACACCAGCUAUAGAUAACCGGACAUUGUGGGACGGCUCCGAGGAAUCAGACCAUAAUAAUAUUCCUGAAGAUACACGCAACUUUAGGUGGGAGUACAAACGCCAAGUCUUUACGCCCAUUAUUGAAGAAACUGAAAAAAGUCUCACCUCUGGCAUGAAGGAAAAUGUAACUGAGAAUGAAACUGAUACAGUGUCGAAAGCAUUUGCUGAACUCAAUGAAAUCUAUAACGACAUUUUCCCGAAUCCCGAAGAGUCCAUAAUUUCUGAAAAUGAAGGAAGUACACUACAAAACUUCGAAGUAGAGUACAUUAUUGAAAAUGAUAACAUCCGCGUCGAUUCUGCGUCUGAAGAUUUAUCAGAUGUGAAGAGACAUGCGGGGGAAAUAGAAGGAUCGAUUUCUGAGAUUCAGACAAAUGAAACUGAAUCAGUUUCAGCAAGUCGAGACCUUCAUGCCGAGGCUGAAUCCAACAAUAAAUCAAGCCAAAAUAAAGAAGAAACACAAUUUGGCGAUUCGUCAUAUUCUAAUAUUGUAUUAGAAAAGAAAAGAUAUUGGGAUGAAAAAAUACGACUAAUAGAGGCUAAAAACUUAGAAGAAUCAAAGCUACAACAAAGAAGAAAACGUAUAUCUGCUAAACACUUUAGACAUAACGAUUCUUUGAGUAAGCGAAAAGGAAAGCAAAUUGUUAAAAACUUUUUGAAUUCGGGUGCGCAAAAACAGUCGAAAGUAAAAGAUAACGCUGAAGAAACAGUUCGUAUUAAUACAGUUCAAGUACAGUUCUCUGAAAAUUUACGCAGUGAUAUUAAAUUGGUAGAAAAGUGGAAAAAUUAUUGGGAUAACAAACUCGAAGAAGAAAUCAAAGAAGUAACAGCUCAUUCACAAAGUUCCUAUGUAAAAGCAAUAAAUAGUACUGAAUCAGUAAACACCAUAGACCAUGAAGCAACUGAUAAAACUAUUAGCAAUGAUAUCGAUCUAAAUGCAUCCAGAACUAAAAAUGAUGUUUCACCUGCAAAAAAUGAACUACCUGAAGAAGUAUUUAAAGCAUUCGAAACAUGUCCUAAAAGAUUUUUUGGUACUUCAAGAAAGCAUAUCUUGAAUAAAAUUGACAGUUUCUUAGGAAAACCUGUUAUUGAAAGCAUUCCCAAGACAGAAAACAUUAGCCUUAGUCAUGAAACUGGUCUAGUUUCUAGUCGAAUUUCUUUAUUCCACAAUAUUUCUCAAAGCGAAGAAUUGCCAUGGUCGCGUCCACACCAUAAACAAAACAAGAGCUCAAUGUAUAAUAAACACAAUUAUAAUAGUACAGAGUGUGAUAAAAGCACGCAUGACGAUUCUUCGAAUAUUACUUCUGAAAAUGACAAAAAAAAGGCGAAUGAAGGUACACAAAUAAAACAGAUAGACAGUAGUGGUGAUAUACCCAACGAUAUUAUUUUAGAAACAGAUAAAAAAGUUGAAUCGUUAAACGAUCCAGAAGCUAAUGAUGUUGAUAACGUGACGCAAUAUAAUUCACCACAAAGUGAAAAUAAUAAUGAUAUUGUCCUUGUGAAUACUCAAGCAAGUACAGCAGAGAACGAUUAUAUACCUUCACCAAUUAAAGAAAAACAUAUUGCUGAAGAUCUGAGAACCGAUAAUGUUCAAAGAAAAGUAAAGUGUCGCAAAUUGAAGUCUUUUAGCAAAUCAGAAAUGGACAUUUUCAGUAAAAUCUCAACCAGCGAAUUAACUGAUGACUUUGACAAACAUAAGUCUGUUGAGGAAUUACCAAAAAUAAAUGUUAAAAAUUUCAUCAGCCUAUAUGAAGAUGUUUCGAAGUCUACACAAUCCGAGCUAACUAAAUAUAACCAGAAAACAGUAGCGAACCGCAAAAUUAUGUACAACUCGAGUUCAAGUCCAGGAACUCCAAGCAAGUCUCACUAUAUGCACUCAGCAUCAAAACACUUUAUACGUUCCAAACCUACAGAAGAAGAAAAAAAUGAGUCCAAAUCACAAGUUAUAAACCCUGAAGAUCAUACACGAUGUAGUUCAGUUCUGAGCACACAAGAAUCAAUCCCUGAAAAUGAUAAAAAAUAUUUAAGUCUUUCAGAUAUUGAACUAGAAAUAAUAGACAAGCAAGAGGAGAAAGAAGAACCACAUAAAGUUGAAACACAAAAACCGGAAGAAACUUUACCAGUAGAUUACAAGAGUCGUUUCAAAAUUGCCAAGCAGUAUUUCCAGUCGUUAGAAGAAUUGAGAGAUGUUAAAAAGAAUACAAAAGUUAGUGAAUGUAAAAUUAAAGUUAACAGUCUAUCAACUGAAUCUCUUGAUGAAAAUGGAAGGAAGGAAUCAAAGGAAGAUGCUCAAAGUCUAAAAAUGGAAUCUAAAUCUAAUUCUAUGCCUUCAUCUGAAAUUUCCAAAAUAUUUAAUGAGAUGCCUCAAGAAGGAGAAACAAAUCAAGAUGAUGCAGAGUCCAAAAAAUUAGUUAAAAUAUCAGAAAAAUUUAAUGUAGAAGACUUAUUUGAGGACGUUAUGGAAGGAAGGCUGAGUCGCCAGGGGAGCUUACGCGGUAUUCCACAUAAAAAAGCAGUUUUGGAAACGUUCAAGUCAAUGGAAAACGUUUCAGAUAACAAACUAAAUUCAUACGAGAUGGCAGUUUCACCGGUUAACGACUUUUCACAGCAGACAUCAACAAAAAAUGCACAGACAUACCUAAGUGAAUAUCCAUACUUGCCCACAACAGAUCCGUCCAAAUUUCAAUCAAGAUUCGACGCAAGUGCAUCGGGUUUAAUUUCAUAUAAUGAACUGUUGAAAUCUAGACCUAGAAGAAAUAGUGUGCCAGAUAUCAGACUAAAUCCCUCAUUUACGGAGAACCUAUGAUAACAGUAUUUAUUCGUGUCUAGAUGUGUCAUAAUUAUGUGAAUUCUUUGUAAUUAUACUGUAAGAAAAAAUGCUUCGUACUAAUAAUUAACUUUUUUUUUCAAAUGGUAAAUUCUUUUUAAAUAGGUUUGACCUAUCUAUCGAAUAUUUUAUGUAGAGAAUACCCUUAAUUUUCUAACAGUAUUUAAUUGUACCUUAUAGUAGUAAACUAUAUUAAGCUAGGUGAGUUUUGCUUGAAACAAACAUUUUUGUUGCAAUAUUAUUUCUUUGUUAACAUCGUCGACUGUAUUGUUGUGUUUUGUCCAUGUCGUUUUGUUAUUUUUAUACGUUAAGGCCCUUGUACAAUUUGUACAGCAUAUGAAUCUUAUUUUAAUUGGAUAAUGCAUGUAGUUAUUUAUUUCAUUAUUUGAAAUUAAAAUUUUAGAUGUUA